GUCUAAGACUAAUGCGUAUUUUGGUUAUCGCCCUUAUUUACCCACAGUUCUCCGUUGGAAACAUUGUGAUGGCAGCUCCAGAAAUGUCAGCUCUACUAAAACGGAGCAAAAGGAGCGUAGCCGUGCAUAUGAAAACAGAAUGUUCCAAACAGCAUGAACCACAAAAGCUUACUGAUUUGUUGAAUCACCUUUUGAAUCCAGAAAAAGCCAUUGAUGACUUUGAAACUCUUGAUUGGUGCCGCUGGCUAAUAUCAGGAGGAAGCACCUUCGAGGAAUUUACAAAAACAGUGAGACAGUAUGACAAUGCAGUCACUUGUGGACUUGUUUGGACAGCUAAUUUUGUUGCAUACAGAUGUCGGACAUGCGGUCUUUCACCCUGUAUGUCUCUUUGUGCUGACUGUUUUCAAGCUGGUAAUCAUGAAGGACAUGAUUUUAACAUGUUCCGCAGUCAGGCAGGCGGUGCCUGCGAUUGUGGAGACGUCAGUGUUAUGAAUGCUUCUGGCUUUUGUCCUCGUCAUGGACCAGACAGACAGCAAUCACAUCACCACACACCAGGAGAUUUACUAUCAGUAGCUGAAACAAUGAUGCCACGGGUAUUUUUAAGGCUUCUGUAUCAUCUGAGAGAUAACUCAAAACCUGAACUUCUAGACACAUAUCUAGUGGCUAUGCAGGAUGCGGAACAAUUCCUCACCUUUCUACACAGUUUGAGUGACAUGGGAGCUGCCAUGCGUAGAGUCAUGGCAAAUGCUUUAACUAACCAAGAACUGUACUCUCAGCUGACAGCAGUGUCUGAAGGCCCGGGCGACACAAAGUGGUACUAUGUGAGAAGUAAAGCUAAUUACGAGGCUGCAGUGGGCUCUCUCAUCUACCCCAGGGGGUUUGAGGACUAUGAAGAUAUGCCAGGUUUAAAUCAGAAGCUGGUACACAGGACUUUUUUAGAAGAGCUGGUAUUUUGGACUGUCAAGUUUGAAUUCCCGCAGAAAAUUGUAACCCUACUGCUUAGUCUUCUACCAGAUUUGAGGUACAAGGAAGCAUUUACCCGUGCAUUUAUUCAGCACUACAGUAGAAUCUCACGUGUUCUAGUCAAUGCCCUGGAUCGUCAGACUGUAGCAAACCGUGUCGUACACAUCAGUGUACAGUUGUUCAGCAACGAGAGCCUGGCAUGUCAGAUGGUGCGAGAGUAUAACCUCCUGUAUAUACUCAUCUUGAGUCUAAAUCACAUGAUAGAAGGAAUACUAACAGAAAGUACUUUACAAGAUGCACACCAGAACUUCCACAUGGUAGUUGAUUGUAGUCACGAAGCAAUGAAGGAGCACUGUUACUGGCCGAUCAUCAGUGACCUGAUAAACCUACUGUCGCACAGAGAGAUAGCGCACAAGUUUCUCUCGGACAGUAAACUUGUUUCCAUGUGGCUGGAGCUCUUGUCUUACUUCCAAGGUAUGAACUUGAACCAGAGGGAACUGCAUCAGCAUGUGGAGUUUGAACCAGAUACAUACUAUGCAGCGUUUUCAGCAGAAUUAGAAAUUGCGGCUUCGCCCAUGUGGAGUCUGAUAUCACAUUUGAGAGAUGAGAAUACUACCACACUUACAAAGACGAUGAUACAGGUGUGCCAGGACACGUUACAGGACUGGUUUGAUGCUAUAUGCUGCAAGGAAUCAACAAACCCAAACCCACUACAGCUGACGUUCCACCUUCCGUUACAUCGUUACCUCGCUACUUUUAUGGUACAAGCUGUGCAGCAUCAGAAACAAGAUCUUACAUCUGUCGUACCACCAGAGAGGAUGUUGAAAAGUUUGUUAACUCACCUAUUACAGAUACAGGUUGCCACAACAGAAGUAUACUGCAAUAUGUGGGUGAGAAAUGGUCUACAGAUUAAGGGACAAGCAAUGACAUAUGUACAGUGUCACUUCUGUUACUCUAUGGUAGAUGCUGACAUAUAUCUGAUGCAGGUGUGUGCAAGUAGACUGGAUCCAGAUUAUUUUGUUCAGACUGUUCUUGAUAGGUACCACAUCAGUGACUGGAUGUCAUUUAAUCCAAAUCCUGGUCCACGGAGCUACAAGAUGGAGAAAGAACAGGAACUGUCUAUGUUGGAAGGAGCGCUACAAUUCUUUACUAUGCUCCUGCAUGUUCGAACAUACCUUGGCAUGUCAGAUAAAGAACUAACACGACUCGAGAUGGCCACGUUACUGUUUUUGAAUGACGUCCAACCCAGUCAGUUUGAUGGACUUGAGCCCGAGAAGUCGGGAUGACAGGCCCCCGGGAAGGAUCUUUUUGAACCCACACUGAAAGAUGUGGCAAAUUACAAGGCACCAAAUUUUGAACCUGGAGGUGGCCUCCAGCAAGGAACGACCAACCUAAAGAAUCUCAUUAUUUCAGAUGAAUUAUGGGAAGAGGAGUUUGAUCCAGUACACGUGUUGCUGAGAGCUGUCUAUAAGAAUGACUUCCAGUCAGCUAUGGAUAGAUACACAGAAUUUUUAAGGAAGAAGAGGAACUUCAAGGGAAAGAGUCAGCCUUGGCCACCUUUCAAACCACCUGGGGAGGUCCUCAAAUGUUACAAAGCCAUGUACAGAAUACUUCACUGCAAGACAUUGCAUUCUCUUCUGUUUACAGUCUUACAAAAGGCGCUGAAAGACGCUACCAUACCAGAGAGUGUUUGUUACUAUGCCAUACAUCUGUUAGAGCUGGCUAUCACAGUGCCCAACCCAGGCAGUAAUAGAAGGAUGAAGCCAUCGCCAGCCUCUGUACCUGACAGGAACUAUAAGGAAUGGUUCUCUGGUAGUGACAUCUUCCAGAAUGUCAGGGAGACAAUCAGAGAUGUUGAGAUACCCCUCAUGCACGUGAAUCUCGAGCAGGAGGGACCACUGUCCAUGACGAUGGAUACAUCAUUUGAAGAGAUGUUUCAGUUGGCACCAAGUGCACUUGCAGGUACAAGUGGCCCUAUAACAGCAGCACACUCGGGUCAGAUCCCUUCAAUACUUUCAGCUAUGCCCUCCAACACCUCAGGCAACCAGACUAACUUGCUCACAGUCCAUCCGUCCACCAGUACUGCCAUACCCAAAUUUGACUCUCGAGGGGUGAGCACAGAGGCACCAAAAACGCAGCAAGUUCCAGUAAAUGAAAGCUUAUUGACAAUCUUAUUCAAGCUUCAUGCAAAAAUGGCAGGAAAAAAUAACAUGUACGUGCCGGCAUCUGUUUCGACAAAGACGCCUCAAGAUUCCAGUGUUGGUGAUGGUGCUCACUUUAUUGAGCGUGUGUUAGAUAGACUUUGCAGGCAAAGUAGAGACUGUGCUAGAUCAUUGGAAGACCUGUACAACUUACAGAAGCCGAAAGAAGGGGCGUCACCUAAAAAGGGAAAGUCAAUGGAUCCAGAAACAAGGAGGAGAAAGGCAAGGGAACGCCAGCAAAAAUUGAUGGAAGAAUUUGCAUCAAAACAAAAAGCAUUUAUGGAACAAGCUAUGGACACGGGAGAUGGUCCAGAUGUUGGUCCGUCACGUAGUUCGGAGUCGUUUGAUGAUACUUCAGAGGAUAUGGACCAGGAGGAGGAAACAUACGAUUGUGUGAUCUGUAAUCAGAGUACUCCCUCUACAGCAGAGAGAACUAUUGGUCUUGUGGUCUUCCUGCAAGCCUCUAGUGUUCUAGGACAUAGACCACAGACAGAAACACGGAAGAUUUUAACAUUGGGAGAUAAAACAAGACAGAGAAUCACUACCUGCUCAAGAGUUCAAACAAAACGACUCGAAACCCUCUUCCGGCAUUUUGAAGAGAGCUCCUGCCAGACAUCUGUAAAUAUUGGUUGGGAUGGUGGGGUACUGGUCCAGACCUGUGGACAUUAUUUGCAUUUAGACUGCCAUACGUCUUACGUGGCAUCCCUGCUGGGACAGGGAAGUCACAACAAUCUGCUGGUCAGUAAAGGAGAGUACUCUUGCCCUCUAUGUCUGCAACUGUCAAACUCUGUGAUACCAAUACUGCCAGAGGAGAACAAGUAUACUCUAACCAGACCUGUGUCAUAUGACCCAAAACAGAUGGUGCAUGACCUAGCUGACAUGAUGGUGAAGCGGCCUAUAACACCAAGAUCAUCAUCAGUAACGAAGGCGAUGGGAAGUAUGAUGGAAGAUUUAACUAAUGCUACAUAUGGUGCAUUUAAAACAUACACAAGUUCGCAGACAUCAGAGAGUGUACUGCUGUUUGUAUGCUCAGUAGCAAGAACAAACUUGGAGUUAGAAUUGUUACAAAGAAAGGGAGAUCUUAGUGUACCCCUGUCUACAUCCAGAAAACAUUGUUUCUUACCUUUGUUACACGUGUUGAGUAUGCACAGUAAGAUCCUGACCACCAAACCAUACACAGAUCUCUGGUCACAUAUAACUGGCAUAUCUUGCUCCGAGGAAACUACUAGUGUAUCUCUGUACCAGAAGGAGGUACCAUUACUGCUAAAGGAUCCAGCAGCUUUACUGAUACAACUUAUACUGACAUUACCUGCCACUAUAGAAAGAGGUCAUUUUGAUUUUCUGGUCAGGCUAGUAUAUAAUGUUGUGUUUAUACAAUCAUUGUGCAUAAUGACGUGUAAAUUCACCGAGGAUGAAAGAGAGGCAUGGAAACGAGGACGGCAUGUACAGUUCAACACACUGGAAGGCAUGCUUAGUCAUGUGAUUACUAGACUAUCAACAAGCUUUCUCUAUGAGAAAGAUGAAGUGGACCUGCCAGCUAUCUGUCAGAGUGUGUGGUCACCGUUUAGUGUGGAAUCCACUGUACAGGAACUAUGUGAACCAUUUCUGAAGGUUGCUGCCCUCAUCAAGUUUCAUUUCUUUGGUGAUGAGUUUCCGGCCAAAGGGGAACUGACGGAUUUUCAGUAUUUAUGUUCUUACCUCAAGCUAAAUGUGAUAGAUUCUACUGUGAUACAACCAACAAAAUUGACGUCCGCUGCAAUGUGUGUACGGUGGAUUGUUGAUGAACCUCAUACACUGACUAGAGCAUGGUGCACAGAUCUGAUAAACUUUGUCAACAACCAUGCUGUUGAUGGAAAGUCUUUACUAAUGGUGAACACACGCUGGUUCCCGCCCCACCUGAUCCUAUUACCAGACCAGUACUACAAGAUUUUCCAGGCCUAUAGGAAGAAAACGUGUCCUGUGUGUAGCAAUACACCAAAGGACCCAUGCAUUUGUCUGAUAUGUGGUGUAUUUUUGUGCUUCCGGGAGUCAUGCUGUCGACAGCAACAUCUUUUUGAAUGCGUACAGCAUUCCAUAGAGUGUGGAGCAGGUACAGGAAUAUUUUUGUUGGUCAACUCGAGCAUAAUAGUGGUGAUACGAGGCCCGAGGGCUGCACUCUGGGGGUCAGUCUACCUGGAUGAACACGGGGAGGAGGAUAGGGAUCUCAAACGAGGGAAACCUCUAUAUCUAAGCAAUGAGAGAUUUACUCUGCUAGAAUCUCAGUGGAUAUCUCACAGUUUUGAUCAUGCUUGCAAGAGGUGGAUCUGGCAUCAAGAUCGAUUGUAAAGAUUGUGAACCAGUCUGGAAUAUAUUAUCAUGGAACCUGCAAACUUUGAACCAGUCCAAGGAUGGCUUUACUUGGAAAUUAGAAAAUGUAAACCAGUCCUUUGUGAUUUGAAUAUCAUAACAGUCCAGAAAUAACUCACCUCAGUCCAUGAUAAAGGAGAAAGCUGAAUAUGGAAUUUUGAAAAAAAAUACUAGUCCAGUAAUAACAUGAUGUGCUAUCAGAAAUAUUGAACCAGCCAAGUUAUGGCAUAAUCACUGAACCAAUGAGAGAAGCAUAAUGUGCAGUUUCUGUAAAUUAGUUUUGUUAUACUUUCAUUACUUGAAACACCAAUCCAGAAAAAGUUUUUCCCAGGGUCUUACAGCAUCAAUCAAGUGAUAACACAAUUCUGGAAAAUCGAAUAUUGUCCUUAAUAGAACAUUUUAUAGCACUGUUUUUUGCAUAGUCUGUUUGAUUUUACAAGAAUACUUAGUCAACUAAAAUCAUUUUUGUUAAAAACUUACAUUGAAUUCAGGAUAUAGCUUACUUGUAUGGAAGAUAAAAAAAAAUACACAAUCGUCUAGAGUGUCACAUAUUUUUGGUAUGCCAAAGCAGAACACGGUAUGGAACCUUUGACUGAAAUUUCUCUUUUUUUGUUUUUUUCCCCCUCCUAAGACCUUCACCUGGUUUAUUGUCAGAAUGACCAUGGUUCAGAGUUCAGAUGUACAGGAAUGAACCUUGAAAGUGUUAGACCGAGUGGUCAAAUAUCUCAACAUCUGAACACGUUUAAUGUAUUACUUGCACUGAAAAGAAAUUGGUUUUAAAAGCAACAUUUUGUGAAAUCAGUAAUAUUUCUGGGAGAUUUAUGUAUUUGGGUUCUGUGGUAUUGUUGGUCCACAAAAAAUCCCAAUGAACAAAUAAAUUUUCCAUUUAUUUUUUCUUUAAAACAAACCAGAAAAUGUUUUUACCCAUGAAGUAGCAGUUUGGCCAAAAAUACAAAAUUCCAUACCAACUUAAAGAAAAAAAACUAAUUUCACAUUGAUCAGUUUUGUUGUUAAAACUAAUGAGACAAAUUUGUUUUAUCUUCUGUGAAGAUGAUUUGCAUUUUGUUUGAUAACAUUUGAGUUGCGCCAUGAGAAAACAGACAUAGUGGGUUUGCGACCAGCAUGGAUCCAGACCAGCCUGCACAUCCAUACAGUCUGGUCAGGACCCAUGCUGUUCGCUUUCAAAGCCUAUUGCAAUUAGAGAAACUGUUAGCGAACAGGAUGGAUCCAUGCUGGUUGCAAACGCACUAUAUUGGUUUUCUCAUGGUGCGGCUCAUCUCAUUUGUUUUGAACGCAAGUUGAUAUUUCCAUGUUACAUACAUAACACAUACUUCAUUCAUUCCUGUCAUAUGUAGUUCUGGAACAACUUGGUUUUGAAAUAAAUUGGAACCACGGUGGUCUUAUCCUUGCAUGAUUGUGGUAGGUUAGAACAUCUGGUUUUGCUGUACCUCUGUGUUUCCAGCAGGUUUUAAAAGUUUUCAUUCCAUACCUUGUGUUUUCAAGUUUGUUGUAAAUGAGAGGUGAAACCAUAAUUGUUAGUCCUUUGUGGCAUCACUUAAACUGCACUGUGUUGAUGCACCUUAAAAUCCAAAUUGUCAAAUCAUUCAUUCAUGCAGUAUUUUUAAUCUAGGUGUUGUCUCCCCUUCCUAGCUCUUUACCAGAAGUUAAGAUAUUUUGCAUGUUUUUCCUGGUAUGAUUUCUGUACACAUGUGCUAUUUAUUUUGUUGUUAUUAAAAUUUAUGUAUUGUUUGACUUGUUAGAGCUGAGGAGAAUAUGUUUAGACAGAUUUUGAUUGGUGGUAUAAUGGUGUACAACUCUGAUUGUUUUACAUAAGAUUUCUUAUCAUGUUUGAAACAUCUGACAUUUAAGAAUAUUAAUUUAUAGAAAUUUGAUGUUCUUUGUGUAACCAAAUCAUGUUCUCUUAAACAAAACUUGAUUUUGUUUGACUGAAUCAUGUUUAAAUGAUACCAGAAGUUGAAAUGAAGUUAAUAUUUUGAAAGCAUUUUUAUUGAACGCAGCUCCUUGUCUUUUUUUUCUGUUUUGCUGCUAAUGCAAAGUUUCCCUUGUUAUAGAUGUAAGUCAAUGUCUACAUAUACAAAAGGUGAACGUAAUCAAAGAUGAAAAGUGAUGUACUAUUGAAAAUCUUCUUAAAAAUUGAACAGUUAACACCAAUAUGUUUUGUUGUAAUGUAUUUCAGUUUGAUUCACUUGUUAUUGCAUAUUGUUCAGUAAUAAAAAAAAUUGUGAUACAUUUUGUUUUUGAAUUAAAAAUGUUUUAAA